GAUGUGGUGAUGAAUUACUCAGAAAUUGAAAAAAAGGUUAAAGAAGCAACCAAUGAUGAGAAAUGGGGUCCCCAUGGUAGCCUUAUGUCAGAGUUAGCCAAAUGUACUUUCACUUAUGAACAUUAUCCAGAGUUAAUGUCUAUGUUAUGGAGACGAAUGUUUAAUGAUAAAAAAAUUUGGCGUAGAACAUACAAGUCUCUCCUUCUACUUGCGUAUUUAAUAAGAAAUGGGUCAGAUCGUGUAGUGAACAACGCUAGGGAGCAUUUAUACGAUUUAAGAAAUUUAGAAAACUUUCAGGCUUUCGAUGAGUUUGGUAAAGACCAAGGAAUAAAUGUUCGACAAAAGGUCAAAGAAAUCAUCAAUUUACUACAGGAUAACGAACGACUCCGUCAAGAACGUAAAAACGCUAAGAAAACCCGCGACAAGUACAUUGGGGUAUCAUCAAACGAUUCGCGUUGGGGUAAAUCAUUUAUUAGCUUGCAAUCUUUCAGUACGAAAGAUACCAAGAUUGUAAAACUUUCACAUUAA